AUGAUGGGUGAUUAUAUUGAGAAAGAUUUAGUUGAACUUCGAUUUACACCACAAUAUGCAGUGGAUUUAAUUUACGAUACAUUAGAAUGUCUUCAUGAAGUGUUGACAAAAAAUGAUAUUCAAUAUACUAUAUUUGGUGGUACUGCUUUAGGUACUGAACGACAUGGUGGUCUUAUACCAUGGGAUGAUGAUGCUGAUACAGCUAUUUUGAGUAAUGAUGAACAACAAUUUCUUGCAUUAUCAGAUACAUUUUUUAAUCAUGGUUUCACUCUAUUACCAGAACCAAUUUUUAGUGGAUAUCAUCUUUAUCAUACAAAGUUGGCUAAACCUCUAGCAAAUGCUCAAUAUCCAUAUCCAUUUGUUGAUAUCUUUAUAUUAAAUGAUACAGAUUCAAGUUAUGAAUAUCCAAAUGAAACAGCACGUCAAUAUUGGCCUGAAACACCAUUGCCAUAUGGUUGUUUUGAUCGUCUUGUUGAUGUACAAUUUGGUCACCUGACACUUCGCGGUCUAUCAUCAGAAGAUAUGAAACAACACUUAAAUGAUAAUUAUGGUAAAGAUUGGCCCUGUGUUGCUUGGCGAGAGUAUGAUCAUUUUUAUCAUGAAACUUUCCCCAAAAUACGCGUUCCAUUGAAAGAUGAAAAUGCAAAACGACCAGCACAGCAUUCUAAAUAUCAAUGA